AUGGCUGAAGAGCUUGCACCAGCUCUCGCUCGUGAGACCCCCGCGUGGGUCACGGAUCUUCUUUCGCUGGCCAAGAAAGAUUUCAAGAAGAACGACCCCAAGAAUUGGGAUGAGUGCAAAGCGGAGAAGGGUGAUUUCACGAAGGAGGUUCCCUUGUGGGUGCUGGACUACGAUGCCAUGCCCAUUCCAUCUGUUUACCCUUUGCUGGAAGCGGUGAAGCAAGCAAAGGAGCACUGGUAUGGGGACCGCGCUGAUCAGACAUUUCCCUUCCCUCCACCGGGAGCUGUUCUUCAGGUGGCAAAGUUCAAUGCCCCGCUGACGGACGCGGACUGUGGCAAGCUACAGCGCGAAAAUUUGGACAUCGUAUUCCUUGCCUGGCUCAUGAGGUACAGGGAGGUUGUGGAGGCAGGAGACAAUCGCUCGGUGGCACACUUCCGGAAGGCCAGCUUGCACGUGCUCAUGACUGUGAAGUUUCGGGCCAAUGAAGGCGAGAAGCUGGCCAGGGCCUACCAACUUCGUGAAGAUGAGGAGAAGAAUGCAAACAUAGCAGGGCACAGCCUGCUCAGCCGGGCGCGCGAGCUGAAUACCAUCCAGGAGCAUCUGGCAAAGACGGGCGGAGGGGCGGCGCAGAAUCUGCUGGACUACAUGCAGCAGCACAAGGUCGUGUACGGCACCGCUGACUCCACACUGAAUGUGCAGUCCAUCCGCCUUCAUUUGCGCGUGCUGCGGCGCCUGUCCAUGAGUGUGGAAGACAGUUCCGCGCCAAAGUACCAAGGCUCCGCCUUGUACUUCUUCGAUCGGAAUGAGGAGCUGUUUGGCCGAAAGGCGCCGCAGGUGGUCCUUCAGGAAAGCUCGCGAAGCUUCGACUCCUUCCAGUCCGCCCUCCAGAACCUGGACGACUUGCGGGAAGCCUCCAAGAAUCUUCACUUGUUGCUUCUUCGAGGCUGCAACGUGAAAAUGACUGGGCGCGGCAUUCCGGAGCUGGCAAGAGGUUUGGUUUUGUACAGCAAAAUCCCGGCAGCACUCCUGCCGCGCUUCCCCAAGUACUCGGACUUGCUGAAGCCCUUCGCUGGUCUGUUGGAGUUCCACCGGCAUUUUCCAGAAGGGCUGGAGGAGUCUGGCCAGCCCGUUGUCCGAGACAACGUGUACCCAAUCUUUGCCCAGGAGUCGCUGGACAAGCUUACGACCCAGGUUCUGAUCCCGCUCUUCACUUACAAGAAGCACAGCGCCGUGGUGGGCGGAGGCAGUCCUUUGGGCGUUGCGUUUGUGAAGAGCCUCCUGCCGGAGCUGGAGAACAUGUAUCAGCAGGAGCAGGCCCGUGAGGUGAUGGCGCAAGGAGGGAGCAGCUUGAACUCGCUGCCUCCGGCGGACUCCCAGUCGGAGGAGCCCGCGGCGGCGCUGCGCAAGAACUACGACGAGAAGGUCAAGGAGUUCAUGAGCCAGCUCGGCAAGGAGUACAUCGACUCCAAUGUCUUGCUGGUGACCUGGACAAAUCCCAGCCUCAUCGACUGCCUUGCUGGGCAUCCGCUUACGAAGGAUGGGGCGGCGAAGUUGUUUGUGUGGAAUGCUGGCCUUGAUGCGACGACGGGGCCCUCUGCGCGCGUUUCCAUCUACAAGAUGAAGGCUGCUGCGGAUGAGGCGAGGAUGGACUCCGCCAUCGACAUGACGGCGAAGUUCAUGAAGGAUCUCGACAACGCCCUCUUCUUCGCUGGGCGCAACGUCUUGAUCGCAAAGGAUCUCAAGAAGAAGCUGCAGGCCUUGAAGCCAAAGGUGGGGAUCAAGGACAUGCAGAUCAGCCCCGACGAGGAGACCUUGCUGAAGCUUCUACACGGAGAGGGUCGGAACCAGUAUGCUUCCCUCGACCCCGUGCCUGAGCCCAACUUUUUUAUGUGUAGUAACGUCACUUGGGUCCUAAACGCUAAACCCUAA